AUGUCAACCGCAUCUCCCAACAGGGGCAUCGUGGUCUUCUCGGGAGGAAGCGCUGCCAACAAUCUCGUCGAUGUCUUCAGCAGGAUACGUGAGAGUAAGGAUUGCUUGUUAAGCUAUAUCAUCCCCAUCAGCGACAAUGGAGGUUCUUCCUCUGAGCUGAUCCGAAUAUUUGGCGGUCCUGGUAUCGGUGAUGUGAGAAGUAGAUUGGUCCGUCUGAUCCCUGACUCGCCUCCAAAUUCAGAACGGGCAGCGAUCAAGACCCUGUUCAACCACCGGCUCCCCUCGGACGCUGUCGCGGCCCACGGAGCAUGGCAGUCCAUUGUGGACGGUACUUCCGAGCUCUGGAAAACCAUCACGCCUGCUAAGAAAGAGCUGAUACGCUCGUUCUUCAACCUGCUGAACCUGGAGAUCCUCAAGCGGGCACGACCGCCCUCAUCCACCUUUGACUUUACCUCGGCCAGCGUCGGCAAUCUCUUCCUCACCGGCGCGCGACUCUUCAGCGGCAGCUUCGAGAGCGCCAUCUACCUCCUAGGAAGCAUCUGCGGCGUCCAAUCCGAUCUCGUCCGCGUCAUCCCAGCCAUCAACUCCAACUUCUCCCACCACAUCUCCGCCUCCCUCGCCGACGGCACCGUCAUCGUCGGCCAGAACAGCAUCUCCCACCCAAGCGAGGCAACCGCUCUCCAGCCCCGUCCAGGCUCCAGACGACCCAGCCUCCUCCUCGCGGAUGGGGCCUCUGACCUCGAGGACACAGAACCCUCCAACGCCUCGGACGCCGCCUCCUACGAAGACGACCACCUCCCCGGCUCGCUCCCCACCCUCCGCAACAAGAACAUCCAGUUCAGCAAAUCAGCCAACGAGGACCUGCCCGCCCGCAUCACCCGCAUCUGGUACAUAAACCCCUACGGCCAGGAGAUCCGGCCCCCCGCUAACCCGCGCGUCCUCGAAUCCCUCCGCAACUCCCAGGCCAUCAUCUACAGCAUCGGCUCCCUCUACACUUCCCUCGUCCCCUCCCUCAUCCUCCGCGGCGUCGGCCAAGCCAUCGCCACCAGCCCGGCCCGCCACAAGAUCCUUAUUCUCAAUGGUUCCCUAGACAGGGAAACCGGCCCGCCGUCGCAGCCCUUCACGGCGGUCGAUUUCGUCGAGGCAAUCACCCGCGCAGGCGAGGAAAGCCGUGGUCGGCCAGCUCACUUACCUUCGCCGCCGUAUUCCUCGUACGUAACGCAUCUUCUGCAUCUUGAUGGGCCGGGGACGCCCCAGGUUGACCGCGAGCGCCUGGCGGAAAUGGGCAUCGAGACGCUCCGUUUAUACGGACGGAAGAUUACGGCGCCGGGGCCGGACGGUGAGGAGGUGGCCUUGGGGAUGAAGUAUGAUCCUACUGCUCUUGUGCAGGCGUUGGAGGUGGUGUUGGGCCGUAAGGGGGAUGCGAUGCUUCGCGGGGAUGGGUUGAGUAGGCGGAAUACAUUGGAUCCGGGGAGAAGAAGGGCUGAGGUAAAUUAA